AUGUCUGCAUUUUCGGAAAAAGACUUCGACGCAAAAAGCUAUUCGAGCAGCAGACCUUCUUAUCCAGACGAAUUCUACCGAGUUAUAGAUGAAUACCAUGUGGGAGCUCGCAAUCGAUUGAUAGACGUUGGAUGUGGCCCUGGCGUUGCAACGUUCCAAUUAGCUGAUAAGCUGAAGCCAUUUAAUCAAAUUUUUGGUACUGAUAUUUCCAAUACAAUGGUAGAAAGGGCUAGGGGACGUAAGGGAGAGAAUUUUGAGAAAUAUGAAGGGGUAAACUUUGAAGUAUCACCUGGAGAUGAUUUCAGCUUUCUGAAAGGACCUGAUAAUAAAUGUGAUAUGGUAACAGCUGUACAAUGUGUUCAUUGGUUAGAUUUUGACAGUUUUCAGAAAUCUGUUGCCGCAGUUCUCCGUGAAGGUGGAACUUUCGUCAUUUGGGGUUAUGCGGACCCCAUCUUUCCCGAAUACCCAAAAUUAGAUGCCUUACUCGAUGAUUUCAGUUAUGGACCAGAUCAUCUAGGUCCUUAUUGGGAAUCGGGACGUCAGAUCUUGAGAAAUCUACUGAGAGAUCUUCAUUUAAACACUGAACUUUUCACAGAUUUUCAAGAAGCAUGUUUCAAUAUUGACUACAUUAGAUCUAACCAGACUGACCCUCUUCUCAUAAAAAGGACCAUUACUUUAGCCCAAUUUCAAGAUUACCUAAAAACCUGGAGCGCCUUCCAUUCUUGGAAAAAGAGUCAUUCACAGGAGAGAGACAUCACAGAGGGUUUUGUGGAUCGUGUUCAGCAACUAUACCCUCAUUUGACAAAGCGAUCAAAAUUUCAAGUGGUCUGGAAAUCCUUCUACAAAUUGUGCCGAAAAUUGUGA